CCCCCCAUUCCUACUUUCCUGAAAUAAGUGCCUGGGGGUCAGAUCUCUUAUCUGCUGUAUUGAUCCCCUUUUUAUCUUUUCUUCCUUAUUUUCUUCCUUCUCCAGGCUCCAUCCUGGGCAAUAUCUUUUGUUCUGUGUUUUGCUUACAAUCACAAAGCAUCAAAGUUGGAAGCAGCCUGGAAGAUCACCUGGUUCAGCUCCCUUAUUUUACAGAUGGGAAACCUAGGGCCAGAAAGGAAGAAGGUUCGGGGCGGUAACACGACUUGCCCACUGUCACACUUGUGUGUAACACCAGGGCUGCCUGACUCCAUACCCACAAUUUUCCCCGUUGACAGGAAGCCUUGAGCAAUUUAGCCACCCUUCACCCUUUUCCUUUGAAGCUGGGGAGAUGACCCGUCAGUAAAAAGGAACCCCUGGGGUCUUAGGUGAAGAACCAGCCUGGCCAUGGAUGCUACCAAUGAGUCUUCAGAGGGAGCCCCAUUCAUCCUGCUGGGACUGACAACAAGUCCUGAACAGCGGCGGCCUCUCUUUGGGUUAUUCUUGGUCCUGUACGUAGCAGGCAUCCUGGGUAAUGGACUCAUCGUGGCCGCCAUACGGGCCAGUCCAGCCCUUCGUGCACCCAUGUACUUCCUGCUGGCCCAUCUGUCCUUUGCUGACCUCUGCUUUACCUCCGUCACUGUACCCAAGAUGUUGACCAACUUGUUGGCCCACGACCUCUCCAUCUCCGUGGCUGGCUGUCUGACCCAGAUGUACUUCUUCUUUGCCCUGGGUGUAACCGAUAGCUGUCUCCUGGCCGCCAUGGCCUAUGACCGCUAUGUGGCCAUCCGCCACCCCCUCCACUAUGCCACAAGGAUGUCCCGGGCCGUGUGCAAAGCCCUGGUGGGGACCGCAUGGCUGGUGUCCCACGUCCACUCCCUCCUGCAUAUCCUGCUUAUGGCCCACCUGUCCUUCUGUGCCUCCCACCAUGUGCCCCACUUCUUCUGUGACCACCAGCCUCUCUUAAGGCUCUCGUGCUCUGACACCCGCCACAUCCAGCUGCUCAUCUUCACUGAGGGUGCCGCGGUGGUGGUCACUCCCUUCCUGCUCAUCCUUGCCUCCUACGGGGCCAUCGCAGCUGCGGUGCUCCGGCUGCCGUCAGCCUCUGGGAGGCUCCGGGCUGUGUCCACCUGUGGCUCCCACCUGGCAGUGGUGAGCCUCUUCUAUGGGACAGUCAUUGCAGUGUACUUCCAGCCCACAUCUCGGUAUGAGGCAGAGCGGGGCCGUGUGGCCACCGUCAUGUACACCGUAGUCACCCCCAUACUAAACCCUGUGAUCUAUAGCCUCCGGAACCGUGACGUGCAGGGGGCACUCUGAGCCCUCUUCACUGGGCGGAAGAUCUCAGCUGGCGACUCCUAAGGCCUGGACCUCACCGAGCACAGGCUACGUCACCCACGGUGACAACUCAUGAAUGUGAUCAUCUGUUCUAUGCUUUUUUCCAAAAUGACAAUAACAGCUAUCACUUUCCAGGCACCCACACCGUGAGGCAGAGCUCUGCCUGAUCUUACGUGAUUCCCACAAAAACCAGGGAAGCGGUUGUUAUGAUCCCGUUUCAUAGAGGAGGAAACUGGAUUCAAAGAGAAGAGCUGACUUUCCCAAGCUUACAUAAUUUUUAGGUGGCAGAGCUUGGACCCUCUCUGCCACAUCAUUCCCUCUUCCAACAUUCACUCCCAGGCACUUAGGGAGUCCGCUAUCAUUUUCUGAGGACCUAAAGCUAUACGGGAAGGUGCAUACCCCCAGGUCUUGCUCUGGGGGAUUGGCACUUUAUUUUUCCAUCCCAUCACCAGGUAUUCUCAAAUAAAUGACUUCUCAACUGCCUGGGACAUGGAUAGAAGUUCACAGGCCAUGUGUCAAGGGUUGACCUCUCCCAGUGAACACAGUCUGGCACAUAGGAGGCACUGUGCACACCUGACAUGAAUAAAUGUUUGUACGUUUAUGCUAAUAAGCAUUUAGAAGCUGUCUGUACUUUAAA